AUUCUCAUGCUUCCUAUGACAAUCAGUGUGCUUAAUUCGUCUGUUGCCGCAGAGAUGUCUGAAACAGUGCUCACGAUUCUGCUGCUCAGCCUAACUGUCUCAUACGGUGCGGCGACUGAACUCAAUCUGGAAUGUAUCACACCGGGUGGAGGCCACGGCCGGUGCGUUCCCGUGAGCUCCUGCAAAUUUGCAAUCUCAAUUUUGCGUAGUAAAUCCUUUACUCAGAGCGAUAAAAUCUACUUGGAUCAGUUUCGGUGCGGAGAGCUACCCAACAGUAGGAAAAUACUGGUAUGCUGUCCGGAGCUCAGGAGUGAAGAGAGAUGUGGACGCUUGACGCUGGAGGAUUACAUCCUGGGUGGUGAAGAAACGGAUCCGGAUGAAUAUCCUUGGACGGCAAUGCUCGCUUAUGAGGGCAUCAGUGGCCGGAGAAGUUAUGGUUGCGGAGGAACGCUGAUCAAUGAGCGAUAUGUUGUUACCGCUGCUCACUGCGUCGAUGCUUUGCGUGUUAGAAAACUGGUAGCAGUUCGUCUUGGAGAGUGGGAUUUGGACACAACGGAAGACUGCCGCGGUAGUAGAUGCUUUGUGGAAUACCAGGACGAUUAUACAGUAGAGAAAGUAAUAGUCCACGAGAACUACUCGAACCAGAAUCUGAACAAAAUCAACGAUAUCGCACUGAUAAAGCUGAACAGCACCGUAGAACGAACGGAACUUGUGGCUCCGAUAUGCAUACCAACAUUAGAGAUGGCAAAAUCAAUGCAAGUUGAAGGAACUUCGUUCGAUGUCGCCGGUUGGGGGAAAACAGAAACAGGAUUUUUAAGCCGCCGGAAGUUGAAAGUUUCUUUGCCGGGGCAACCCAUCGAGACGUGCAAUACGGCAUUUGCGGCAGCCAACGUUACGUUCUCUGGGAAGCAGAUCUGCGCCGGGGGCGUUGACGGGAAGGAUUCCUGCAAAGGUGAUUCCGGUGGUCCGUUGAUGUUGAUCAUGAACAACCGUUGGCAUCUGGUGGGAAUCGUGAGCCUUGGAGCCAAGCCCUGCGGAAAACAGGGAAUACCGGGCGUUUACACACGGUUCGGGGAGUACCUGGAUUGGGUGGCGGCCAAAAUCGAACUGGAGAAGCGUGGGAACUAAGUGGAAGAUGUGAGAAAACGUGACGAAUUUAAAAAAUAAGUUUUAUUUAAGAUGAAGUAUUUUAUAGAUUAGUAAAAAGUAAAAAAAUGUAGAAAUUUUGAGGUAAAUC